GAGGUUGAACAAACCAUGGCUUGUGCUACUCUCCUACUUGCGCUCUUCAUACUGGUACAGCUCUACUCACUAGCCACAUCUACUUCACAUGGCCAUGGUAACACCACAGCUUCUUUCUGCCACCCGGACCAGGUCGCAGCACUUCUCCAACUAAAACAGUCCUUCAUCUUCGACUACUCCACCAACACCCUGCCGUCGUGGCAACCAGGUACCGACUGCUGCCUCUGGGAGGGUGUGGGUUGCGAUGAUGGUGUAUCUGGCGGUGGCCAUGUCACCGUUCUUGACCUCGGUGGCCAUGGCCUCUACAGCUACGGCUUCCAUGCUGCACUUUUCGACCUCACCUCCCUACACUACCUCGACCUCAGCAUGAACGAUUUCGGCGGAUCUCACAUCCCAAUAGCUGGUUUCGAGAGGCUACCAAAGCUAACUCACCUCAACCUUUCUUGCUCAAAAUUGUACGGUCAGAUUCCAAUAACCAUCGGCAAACUCACGAGCCUGGUAUCAUUGGAUCUUUCUUCAGUGUACAGUAUUACUCCCACCAACGAAAUCACGAAUAUAUAUGCUAUCUUGGAUGGCUACAACAAUCUGCUGCUACGAGAGCCCAGCUUUGGGACCUUAGUGGAAAACCUCACCAAUCUGAAGGAACUCUACCUUGACGGAGUGGACAUAUCUAGUAGUGAAGAGUGGUGCAGUGGUCUAGGCAAAGCUGUUCCUCAUCUUCAGGUUCUAAGCAUGGUAAACUGCAAACUCUAUGGUCCAAUCCACCCCUCCCUGUCAAGUCUCCGAUCACUUACCGUGAUCAACCUCAAGUUUAAUUGGAUUUCUGGUACCGUUCCUGAAUUCUUGUCGGAGUUUCUCAAUUUAAGUAUUCUUCAACUCGCCAAUAACAACUUCAGUGGUUGGUUUCCUCAGAAAAUAUUUCAACUCAAGAACAUAAGAGUGCUUGAUGUGUCAGGCAACGAGCAGCUCGCUGGAAAUAUAUCCAAAUUUCCAUCUGGGGCUUCUUUAGAGAUUUUGAAUCUAUGGUAUACUAAUUUCUCUAGUAUCAAGCUGAGCUCAUUUAGCAACCUCCUAUCUCUGAGGGAGCUAGGUUUUACUGGAAAUUCAAUUUCAAUGGAGCCAACUGAUUUAUUGUUCAACAAGCCUGAGUCCUUGCAAAACUUGCAGCUCUCUUUUGAUAAAUUUUCAGGGGAGUUAGGGCCAUUUUUCUCAUGGAUUAGAACCCUUAAGAACUUGACAAGCUUGCAACUCUAUUAUUGCUAUUCGUCCAAGAUAAUGCCGCCUGUGAUUGGCAAUCUUACCAACCUGACAAGUUUGGUAAUCUCUUACUGUGGCUUCCUUGGGCAGAUACCAUCAUCAAUUGGUAACCUCGACAAGUUGACAUCCUUGAAAAUCUCUGAUUGUGCCUUCUCUGGGACAAUACCACAUUCAAUUGGCAAUCUCAAGAAUCUAAGAAGCUUGGACAUAUCUUACAAUCACUUAUCAGGUCCUAUUACAACAGAUAUUGGACAGCUCAGCGAAUUGACAGAAUUAAUAUUAAAGGGUAGCAGGUUUUCUGGCAGCAUACCAAGUACUAUUGUGAACUUAAGUCAACUGGUUUAUCUGGAUCUUUCGGAGAAUGACCUAAGAGGAGAUAUUCCAAAAGGUCUAUUUGCUUUACCGGCGAUGUUACAGUUGGACCUUUCAUUAAACCAACUUUCUGGACCAAUACAAGAGUUUGAUGCACUAUAUUCCUGCAUGAAAGUUGUUGAUUUGAGUGAAAAUAAAAUUAGUGGACAGAUUCCUGCAUCAAUCUUUCAAGUCACAAGUUUGCUUGACCUGGAUCUUCACUCAAAUAACUUAACAGGUUCAGUACAACUGAGUUCACUUUCAAAGUUAAGAAAACUUGUUAGCUUGGAUCUCUCAAACAAUAGGUUAUCCGUCAUGGAUGGCAAAGGCAGAAAAACCACAGUACCCUUACUUCCUGAACUCAUGGAAUUAGGACUUGCGUCUUGCAACAUGAAAACAAUUCCUAGAUUCUUGAUGAAUCUGAAUCAUAUCGUAAUUUUGGACCUUUCAAGCAACAAAAUAAGUGGGACUAUACCCAAAUGGAUAUGGGAGACGUGGGAUGAUAGCCUUACAAGUGUAAAUCUAUCACACAACAUAUUCACAUAUAUACAACUGACUUCAUAUGUUCUCCCCAACAGUCAUUUGGAUUCUCUGGAUCUCAGUUUCAAUAGACUUCAGGGCCAUAUCCCAAUGCCAAACAUGCUGCAAACAGUUGGAAAUUUACCUCAGGUUUUGGAUUAUUCAAACAAUAGAUUCUCUUCUGUUAUGCCAAACUUCACUGUUUAUCUUAGCCAAACUGCAUAUCUCAAAUUGUCAAAAAAUAAGCUAACUGGGCCUAUACCGCAUUCAGUCUGCAACUCACGCAACCUUGAAGUCCUUGACCUGUCAUACAACCACUUCAGUGGACUGAUACCAUCAUGUCUGAUAGAACAUGGUCACCUGAGUAUAUUAAAUUUGAGGGAGAAUCAGUUUGAAGGAACAUUUCCUUAUAAUGUUAGUGAGCACUGUAACCUUCAAACAAUAGAUUUACAUGGCAAUAAGAUUCAAGGGCAGCUUCCUAGGUCUCUUUCCAACUGCGCUGACCUGGAGAUUCUUGACAUUGGAAACAAUCAGAUUGUUGAUACUUUCCCAUCUUGGCUGAGUAGGCUUUCUAAUCUACAUGUCCUUGUUUUAAGAUCCAACCGGUUUUAUGGCUCACUUCUUCAUCUUUCUAGAGAUAGCAAAUUUGAAGAAUAUUUCCCAAAGUUAAAAAUCAUUGAUAUAGCCUCAAACAACUUCUCUGGCAAUUUGGAUCAACGAUGCUUCGAGAGGUUGACAUCUAUGAUGGAAAAGUUCGAUGACACAGGAAGUAUUUCACGUCAUUAUAUUUCAUACAGAGAUGUGUACUACCAAAACAUUGUUGCAAUCACAAACAAAGGGCAUUAUAUGACAUUUGGAAAAUUCUUGACUACCUUAACCGCAAUUGACUUCUCAAAUAAUGCAUUAGAUGGUGACAUUCCUGAAACAAUUGGAAUGCUAGUGUCACUACAUACAUUGAGCAUGUCACGUAAUGCAUUUACGGGCAGGAUUCCACCAAAAAUUGGUGAGAUGCGUCAGUUGGAAUCACUGGACCUGUCCUGGAACAAGCUUUCUGGAGGGAUUCCAUCAGAGCUAACAAAUUUAACAUUUCUUGCCACCUUGAACUUGUGCGAAAACAAGCUGGAUGGAAGUAUACCACAGUCACAUCAGUUUGCGACAUUUGAGAACUCUUCGUAUGAAGGGAAUACAGGGCUCUGUGGACCGCCUCUGUCCAAACCAUGUGGCAGUUCGAGUAAUACAAAUGAGACACACGUGAACAUAUCUGAAGAUCAUGUCGAUUUUAUUUUGUUUCUGUUUAUUGGGGUGGGCUUUGGCGUUGGAUUCGCAGCAGGUCUUUUGAUGAAAUGGGGUCAAAUCGGCAAAUGGUUUCGGAUUGUGUGAACAUGGUCUGAAGGCACAGGACUGGCUGUCGGUACAGUUAUGCUAUUAUUGGAGGGAGCUAUAAGUUGUAAUAUGCUGCCCUAUAGGCUCAUACUUAUAUCUUAACAUCUAUAUUCAAUCACCUCUGUAUUUUCAUGUAAUGUAAUGUUGUCUGAAGACACAACACGGACUGCCAGUACAGUUAUGCUAUUGCCGGAGGUGGCUAUAAGUUGUAAUAUACGACCCUGU